CAUGCGUGCCUUUCCCUGUGGCUCGGGGCUGGGAACAGAAGUUCUUUUACUGAUCAGAGAGGUCCCUGAGAGGCCGCGCUGCUCCUUCUCCCACAUUCACUGGGGAGACUUGCUGUGCAAGUGCAAUUGCAGGCGGUUCGGGAGCACACACCCCAGACCUACCGCCCGCUGCUUCUGUGCCUCUGCAUCUGCCACCGUGGGCCCCAAGUUCCAGCGACUUCUCCUGUCCCACACUCUCCGCUUUGCUCCCCGUGUGUCCUGAAGGAAGGGGACGUGCUCCCGAGAUUUUCCACAGCAAGUGAUGACAGCAUUUGAAGACCUGGCUGUGUACUUUACAUGGGAGGAAUGGCAGAAAAUGAACAAUGCUCAGAAAAUCCUGUACAGAGAUGUGAUGCUGGAGACCUACAGCAGCCUGUUCUCCUUGGGGCACUGCAUUACCAAACCUGACUUGAUCUUCAAGUUGGAGCGAGGAGAAGAGCCAUGGAUGGUGGAUGAAUGCUUGAAUCAGAGCCUUUCUGGUCAGUCUGCACAUAAGAGACAGGGAGGCCAAGGCAGAAAGUGUGCAGAUGUUGACUGGUGUUCUUUCCAUGAAUUUUUCGCAAGCCUUACUCCUGAUGACAGCUGCUUUUGUGCAUCAGACACAGGCAUUUAGAGAUACCAAUAUCUUUCUAACUUUUGUUCUUAGUGAAGAUGUUCUUAGAUUAAAAAAAAAAAAUCCAGUCAUUUUCUGAUGUUACUAAGGAUUUUAUCUAGGUUUGAUACAUUCCCCCAAUUCUAACUUGUCCUUCUCUACACUUUCAUACCUUUUCCUUCAUGCACUUAUUAGUUCCUUCAGUGCUU